GUUCUCAUACCCCCUCUCGCUUUCCACCCUGUCCUCUUUGUUUUUGUGUACUUAGAAGUAACUAUACCUUGUUUCGUAGAAAAAUAUAACAAGUGCAAAACUAUAUCGUAAAUCUACUCUACGAAUACUUACAAUUCAUUACAUGUACAACUAGUACUAUAAAAUCUUCAUCAAGAUGAAAAAUAUGUUAUCUCGGCCUCGAAGGAGAUUCACUCGCGUUGUUUGGGUCGUUGGAGCAGGGCUCCUCUCGACAAGCUUGUGCUGUGAAGCGGCAUCUGUUGUGGAUCCUGGGGGUCAGCGAUUCACAUCAAACCAUGUCGUUGUAGGCCCUCCUCCUGGACUAGAGCGGCCAGAAGAUCAAGAUGUUGCCCUAGAACUGCUAAAUGAAGAACUAGGCUUUUCGGACAUUGGAUUUGGGUGUCCAGGUAUUGUGGCAGGAGCAAUACUGCAAGACGAUACUAGCGUUAACGUCAGAGUAAAGACGGGAAGUAAAGCAAACGAGAAUGUCGCUGUUGGAGAUGUUGGGGGAGGUGCAGGUCGUCCUUCCAUUAAGAAAAUUGUCAUCCUUCGUUUCGACAGAGGGUAACGUUAAGGUUCUUCAUGUCAGAAGUUGGUGUAUGCUCUCCCACAAUUCCAGCACUGAGUAGUCAUUUAGUAUAUUUAAUUUACUUAUACAAAGGUAGGAAAUCGAAAUUCUUAGCUUGCCAAACCACAAACAUGAGCUGAUGACCUUCUGUUCUUUUCUAAUUCUAGUGCAGGCAGCAACACUAUGGUAGACCGCAAGGGAAGCAAAGGAAGCUCUGGCGGUAGCAGCACUGGUGGGCAAUCGAAAAUUUCGGUGAAGACCACAGCUGAGGACAUUCAAACUUCUCGCGGCCCACAGCUGAGGACAUUCAAGCCUCCAGCAGCAGUUGUAGCAUCUGCAGGAGCACAGGAACAAUACGGCAGUAAUGGCAACAGUAAUGGCAACGUCGUGGCAAGGGGGAAACAUCAUCCAGGAACGAAUAGAAAAACUUCUGGAGCAGGUCAACUACAUCAUCAAGAACAAUCUGGAUGUGGUGCGACUUCAGCUUCUCGUAUGCACGCCAGAAGCAAGACUUAUCAUGUAAAUCACUACAAUUCCAACCCACUGCCCUUGUCCAGCAGUCCCGGAUUCGUACCUGACUUCAACGCACAAUACUAUGCAUCGUCAGGGUACCCAGCUCCGGGAUACGACGCUAGCACGUCAGGCUCCUACGGAUCAGCUUAUCCAUAUUAUCCGCCGCAUCAUCAUGGUGCACCACCAGCGCCGUAUGCUGGUCCAGGGACUAUGCACAUGCAACAAUAUGCAGACCCUAGUGCAGGAGCAUACGCUGUUCAACAUGAUGUGCACACUUAUGGAGGAGCUACAACUGGCUACCAGCACCAGUACCAGUAUCAGUCGCCUGUCCAUCCGCAACAUCAACAGCAGAUGUACGAAGUGAACGCGGCAACUACUGCUCCUGGACCAUAUGUUGAUCCCGGGCAGCAGCAAGGAUAUCAUCCACUACCCGGAACCGGGGGCUCAGAUUAUCUUAUGGCUUCGAAUUCGAUAAAGAACAAUUUAUUUGAUCUUGAGAAAACGAAAAAUUGACUUUUUUUCUUGGCAAUUUCUGACAUCCUAGUACUAGUACAACUUGUACCACUGCUAAUGCUUACUCGAUGAUACAAUCGACGGCGAACGCGUGGCACCAGGCUGCCACUGGAGAGCACCAGCAUCAAUUCUUGCCUAAACAUCAUCAUCAAGAACAUCAAGUACCACAUCAACCACGACAAAGCUAUAUCCAGAACGAUCCUAUCAAUAAUUAUCACGGGUAUGUGGGCGCACUGGCGGGUACAGAUGCUAAAUCGGUUUUCGAUCAGAGACGGAGCAGUCCUCCUGCUCAAGCUCAGAUUUCUUCUCCACCUAAAACUCUCCCCUUCGAUCCUACUGCAAUUGUGGUCGAGAGAGCGGAAAGCAGGAAGCAUGGGCAUCGGCAUCCUCUGUUAUCAUAUGCGGAACAAGUUGCACCAGUAGAGCAAGAGUACUCAAACAAAUAUGAAGAAUAUGCACCAGAACAUGAAGCAGAACAAGCUGCAUACAAGAACUUCUUCUAUGCAUCAUCUUCUUUGCAGAUGAAACAGCAACAAUUACAACAACUACAACACGACCAACAUCCAAAUCGCCCUUCUGCUCCUCAACUUUUCGUUUUUAAUCCCAUCACUGGGAAACCAGAAGCGCUUGCUGCGUCCUCAACUACUAGGACAACCGAAGAGGAACAAGGACAAGCAACUAGAGACAGGAGCCCAAAAGAUUUCGAAAAAAUCGUCAGUGACAUACAAAGGAAACUCUCUUACUCUUUCGAUCACUCAACAGAGCACGAGCAGCAGGACGCUUCAUCAAAGACUCUUUGGCCAGGACAAGCGACUACCGUAGAAUUUUUAGGUCUAAACACGCCUCCUCUUGUAGCAGCUCCGGGAACAGCAAGUCCUCCUCCCCACGCAGCAAGUCCUCCUCCAACUCAAGAGCAGGGAACAGCAAGUCCUCCUCCCCACGCAGCAAGUCCUCCUCCAACUCAAGCGCAUCCGGUAGUUUUCGCAUCCGGACACGAAAAGAUGAACCAGUUUUCGCAUCCGUACAAAGGCAACAACGAGCAGCUCGUGCAGCACGCCGCGCAACCCGGCGCUGGCUUCGCACUUUCCAAGGAGCAAUCCUCGCAAGAUUUUCUUGCGGCAAACGCGUUCAAGAAUGUGCUGGGUCAUACUGCGUCCGCGACGACUACGGUGCCAAAUACUACGGUGUUGAAUACUGCCGUCCCCAAUUGGGAUAACUAUACCGAUGAAGACCUCAAGGUGGUACCUGAGUCGGUUGUUCACGCUAUAGCUCCUGUUGAAGUUGAUGCAGGAUACAAGCAAGGUACUAAAGUUAAGUAAAUUUAUAGUCUGAUGUUGAAAGGCUGAUGAAAAGUAGAACAUUAAAACCGACGGCGCAGGUACUAAAGUCAUAGUCAAAAGUCAAAUAAAAAUGCUAGAGUCUAACCUUCUUCUAAUCUUCUACCUUCUAACCUUCUACUUUAGGUCCUCCAGCAACGUUGGAGGACGAGGAGCUCAUGAUACAGCAGGGAUGGGAUAAUGCUGGUAAUAUUUUCGAAGACGAAAAGUAG